AUGGCAUAUCAGCUAGCACCGCCCAACAACGGGGCCGCCAUCCUCCCCACGGACGACGACGGCGGGCAGCUGCGCCCGCCUACGAAGCUCCUCGGCUGCCUCCGCACCGUCGGACGCCCAACCAGCAAGACGAAUCCGCUCCUCGUCGCCGCCGUCUACAACGCCGCCGACAUCUCCCGCGUCGACGUCAAGCUCGUGGACGUGGCCUCCGGCGCGACGGUCGCCCGGCUGGACCGCCAAGGCAACGGCCACUUCGGCGUCACCGGCGGCCUCCUCUGCCUCGUCGGCACCGGCGGCACGGUGGCCGUCAGCGUGCUCGACCCGGCCACCGGCGACGUCACCAGCAUCCCGGCGUACGCGAACGGCAACAAGACCUCGUCGGCGUAUGUGUUCGGGCACGUCCCCGCGACGGGGGAGCACAAGGUGCUCCGCGUCUACACCGCCGAAUACGGCGAGACCAAGCAGUUGUGCGAGAUCCUCACCCUCAGCGGCAGCGGCGGCAAGCAGCAGCGUUGGAGGCCGGCGCGGAGCCCCCCGAGGGCCGAGUACGACGUCAUCGCCUCGUUCGACCUGGCGACGGAGGAGUGGAGGCCGACGCUCCUCCAGUGCCCGCUCUCCUCCGACAAGCGCAACUGCUGCAGCGACAGCCUCAGCCUGGUCGAGCUCAACGGCUGCCUGGUGUUUGUGCACCAUGACUACCUGUCCUACGCCAUGGACAUGUGGGUGCUAACGACGGACCUGGACAGGGGGACGUGGCUGAGAGUGGAGCCUCUUCCUCUAGGGAAGAUUCUCCGUGGCGACGGCGAAAUCAUGGCGCAGCCGUUGAUGGUGCUGGACGAUGGACGCAUUGCGUUCUGGGUGCGAUACCCUAAUAGCGUGGUGCGGGUGUAUAAUCCACGGACCGGCGGCUGUGAGGAUGUGGUCAAUUUCGGAAAAUUGUGUAGCGUUGUUGGGUUGUACAGGGGAAGCCUCUUGGGGGUCAAGUAG